UAGAGGAUGCAGGUGCCAGAUUUCUUGGUUAAAGUGUGCAUCGGUGAUCACAAACCACGCGGUUGGAACAUUUCUUGUGAUUUUAUGAGGGAAGACUGAGAUGAAGGAGGAGUCAGCGGAAGAUUCCAGGAAGGAGUUUGCCACACUCUUGGAGAGAUGGGGAAAGGAGCGUGGCUCCACGGCAUCACUGGCAAUCCUGACUAGGAUGUGUGAGAUCGUGGAGAAGGAGACAGAUAACUACAUCAAGUUGGACCAGGACCCGUUUGAUGAUCGGCACCCGGCUAGGGUCGACCCAGACUGUAAUCUGGGUCAUCUCAUGACCGUGCUGUUUAACAAAGAUGACUUUAUGAAUCAGCUUGUAACUGACCACAUCAUGCUGUCCAGAGAUUUCAACACCAACACGGUGGCCUGCCGAUUACUGCUGGAUGUCCUGCCGGGCCUGGAGACUUCCAUCAUCUUUGAAGAUACGGAUGGACUGGUGGAGAAGUUUGUGAAUUGGGCAAGGGAUGCAGAGGAGCCCCUACGAUCAUACGCCACCGGCCUGCUAGCCACAGCCAUUGAGGUGCAGGAGGUAGCCGCUAACCUGAGAGAGGAGAACGCAUCACUGGUCAGCGUGAUGAUGAGCAGGCUCCAUCAGCUCAUGAAGCAAAGUCUUGAGGAUGACACCUCCUCCGGCUGCUCCUCGAGCUCCAAGGAUGACCGGCCGUUCGGUUGCUUCGGCCAGAGCAAAGAGAACAGCCCGGACACCCAGCGCGAUGAGGUCCCACCAGAGAAGCGUCUGAAACUAGAUGAGGAAAUCACCGCCAGUCCUGAGAGGGACGGCACAGACUAUCCCGCUGGGCUUCCCAAAGAUAGAAACGGUUUGACCGAGCCGACAAUUACAGCAGCUUCGGAGAACGAUCAGCCAGUGCUAGUAGUUGCCGAAAAUGUGUCCCAGGACCUCAAACCGGAAGGCGAGAUGGAUGCCAGUACCUCAACUGCUUCUGCGAUUUCCAAAGAUGCCCAGACCUCAGGAAACUUGACUAGUAACAGAAUUCGCCGUGGCAGUGGCAAGGGCGGGGAGAGCAACCCGCAAGCCAGGGAUGCCACUCGCAACACCCCAGCUGCCAAGACCAAGAAGUCUGCGGCUGCCAAGAGUGCGAAGAGGACCAAGAAGGGCAAGACGCCGCAGCUUGAGAAGCGGUCGAGCUACCCGGAGGAGAGCAACAGCAGCUGGUGUGAGCUGUCUUAUUACAUCAUCGGUACCCAUCAGAUGUACCCAUUGACCUCCGUCAUGCAGCAGCGGUUUAUACUGCAGUAUCUGACGCCAUUGGCGGAGUACCAGGAGUUGCUCGGUACCAUGUUUGAGAAUGGAGCCAUGGAUAUUGUCAUGCAUUACAUCGACCUACAGAAGUCUGGGGAUACACGGUUGACAUUUGAUGGUCUUAAGUACUUGUCGUCACUCAUCUGCCACAAGAAGUUUGCAGUGGAGUUCGUGGAGCGGGGCGGUGUUCAGCAACUCCUCCAGGUUCACCGGCCGUCCAUCGCAGCCACAGGGGUAUCCAUGUGCCUGUAUUACCUGGCCUAUAACGCCGACACCAUGGAGAGAAUAUGCCUACUGCCUAACCAGGUCAUCUCAAAUCUCAUUGGAUAUGCCCUGUGGCUUCUAGAAUGCUCCCAUGAGUCUGGUCGCAGCCAUGCUACCAUGUUCUUCACCAUGGCUUUCAGCUUCUGGACUGUCCUGGAACACUUUGACCAACAGGACGGGAUCCGCAAACUCUUCAACACAAUGAGCACCCUGAACAUCUUGAACCUGGAAGACCAAGGUAUGCUGCUGAGCGACGACGACAUCUUUGCCAGCCGGCAGACCGUCAAGCACACCUGCCUGACCCUCAAGAAGUACUUUGAGACCCACCUGGCUGUCAGGGUGGACAGCAUCAAGAGGGCUUACUCCAAGAACCAAGGCCUGAUGCCGCCAGACGGUACGCCCCCCUUCAAGGCCAUCACGGUGACCGCGGAGAGUACCAGUGAACACAUGGAGACCAUGCUGGAGGAGGCACCGCCCAACAUGCACUGGAAACCGGUGAAGGUGUUCCUCAAGAUAGAUGGAGUCAAGCUUCUGUUGCAGAUCAUUGCAAUGGCCAAUGAAUGGAAGAACUAUAGCGGCAGGGCAGACGCCAUUCGGGCAGCGCUGGACGUCCUAGCCGUCAUCACCGUGACGACCAAGGGCCAAUUGCAAUUGUGCGACCAGGUUGACCUGCCGGAUAACGUGUCUUCCGUCGGAAUGAGCGUCAUCAACGGUAUGGCCGAGGGUGAGAUACUGCAGGACGCUGCGGUUCAGAAGGCAGCGCUGCAAGUCAUCAUCAACUCUGUCUGUGGGCCUUGCUCCAAGCUGGGCGUGACGGUCAGUCGUUUUGCGGAGGGCAGUGCCAGGAGGAAUCGGACGGCGCUGCGGACCAGCAGUGAUGUCACAGAGAAGAUGUGGGACUGCGUCCGGAGUAACAAUGGAAUCAGGACUCUUCUGAGCCUUCUGACCAUCAAGACACCCAUCACUGAGGCUGAUUACAUCCGUGCGCUGAGCUGCAAAGCCCUGUGUGGCCUGUCCAAGAGUGAGGUGGUCAGGCAGAUCGUCAGUAAACUCCCGCUAUUCUCCAGCGGCCAACUACAAGUACUUGUGAAGGAGCCAGUCUUACAAGACAAGCAGUCAGAGCACUUGAAGUUCUGCAGGUACGCUUCAGAGCUCAUUGAGCGAGUAACAGGCAAGCCCAUGUCUCUAGGCAGUGACGCUACCCUGUCCAAGCUCCACAAAGCCAACAUCGUAGCUCAGACCAAGAUUACCUACUCCCACAAGGAACUACUGCAGCUGAUCCACAGUCACCUCGUCUCUCAAGGUCUUGGCGACACAGCAAACGCUUUGAUCCGUGAAGCCAACCUACCAAAGAGCACUUCGGCAAGUGCGAUGACCUCUGGUCUGUCUUACACCUCCAGUACCUUACUCACCCCUGCUUCUGUAAUGCCGAGGUCAUUCCACUCUCCACGGGCACCCCCGCCAAUCCCCCACAUCUCCCAGCAAUCGACCCACCACCCCCAACCAAACCCCCCUCCCCCACCGUCCCAACCCCAGCCCCAGUGGUCAGCACAGACCCUUCCUCCUCUCAGUGUCUCGGUACCUCAGGAUCAUCCCCAUGCCGCCCCCCAGCAGGGUGGGGCAGACCCUAGCCCCAGUACCCACUCCGCACCCUCCACGCCCCAGCAGAUUGGCCGAAUCUCCUUUGGUCCAGACAGGAGUGCCGCCACGCCCGGCAGUGUUAACAGGGUCAGAAAGAGACUAAUAAGGGAGAAGGUAUCCCAGAAUGCCUUGUACCACACGGGUGGGGUCGGAGGUCAGCUGAGGCGCCGUCCGGUAUCCAACCCCCCGUCUCUUGACGUCAUAGUGUCACAGUAUCUCAGGGAACAGCACGCUCACUGCAGGAACCCGGUGGUCGCCUGUCCAUCAUUCUCACUGCUAGAACCUCAUCAAUGUCCAGAGCCUAGAUUCCGUCAGAAUGCACCGAUAAAUGCUACCUCAAGAAUAUUCAGACGAGCAAUCCGACCGAUGCAUGGAGGUGUCGACGGAGCCAGGUGCACAAGACAUUUUAUUUACAGUAGAUUUCGGCCGGUGCAGACGAUCCAUGAGGACCCUGAAGACGAUGCCUGCUUCACAUGCUGCAGGUUCAGCAGACACACAGACCCCACGGAAAUGUUCCUAUGGCUUGGUACCUACGAAGGAGAGUUAAAGGCGUACAAUAUCUAUUCCGGAAAUGAGGAAGCUUCAUAUAGUUGUCACGAUUCUCCAAUCAGCCACCUGGAGCCGUCAAAGGAUGGGAAGCUCAUCUUGACUGCAAGCUCAUGGAGCAAUCCUAUGUCAGCAUUGUGGGGCAUUGGCGAUACCUUCGACAAAAAGUACACCUUCCAGAAUGACCAUCAUGUGGAGUUCGGCAAACUGUCCCAGGACAGGAUCAUUGGAACCAAGGAGGAGAGCGCAUACAUCUACGACACGUCCACAGGCCAGCAGAUCCUCAAGUUGGAGGAUGCCGACCUCAGCAACCACUACACCAGGAACAGUGCGACCUUUGACCCCACAGACGACCUCGUCCUCAAUGACGGGGUGCUGUGGGACGUCCGGUCGGCCAAGCCCAUCUACAAGUUUGACCAGUUCCAGAGCAACAUCAGCGGCAUGUUCCAUCCGUCCGGCCUGGAGAUCAUCAUCAACUCAGAAAUCUGGGAUGUACGGACGUUCCAUCUCAUGCACACUGUGCCCGCGCUGGACCAGUGCAACAUAGUCUUCAACACAGCAGGGACUGUAAUCUAUGGAACCGUCUACCAGCCCGAUAACGAAGAUGACCUCUUGGAUGAAAGGCUAAAGAAGAGUCCCUUUGGCUCCACAUUCAGGACGUUUGAUGCCACGGACUACAAACCAAUCGCCACCAUCGAUGUGAAGAGGAACAUCUUUGAUCUGGCCACGGACCCUACAGAUUGCUAUCUUGCAGUCCUUGAGACCCAGGGUAGUGUGGAGUCACUCAAUGUUGAGAGUGAUUGUCGGUUGUACGAGGUCGGAAGACCGCGCAAAGCAGACGGGGAGGAGGAAGAGGAUGAGGGGGAUGAUGACGAUGAAGAAGACGAAGAUGGCUCAGACGACGACGAUGAUGAUGAUGAUGAGUUUGACAUUGAAGACAUCUUGGGAGGAAGCAGUGACCGGGAGGAUGGAGGCGGGGAAGGAGGCGAGGAUGAAGGUGGGGCGAGAGAUGGAGAUGGCGAUGGUGAUGAUGAUGAUCAUAACAGUAGCCAAGGCUCGUUGGCUAGUGAUGUCAUCUCGCUUAGUUCAGAUUCAGUGUCAGAUGACGAUGUUGACGAUGAUGAAUUUGAAGACGUACUCUUUAGUCUCAACCGACACUGGUGAUGAGACCUCGACAAGCAGCGAAUUAUGUUGUCAAAGAGUAAUAUAUAUUUUUGUCUAUACAUUGUAAUUACAUUUACCAUUAUCAUGGUCAAGUACUCUAUUUCUUUUUUUGUUUCUUUUUGAAAUGUUUGUGCUGUUAUCCAAUUUUCAUCAGUUCAUGGAUAUUGACCUUUGCCCUCACAUUUGAUCCAGUAUAUAUGCCAGUUGUAUGGUGGCCAGGCUAUUUCCAUUAUCAGUAGUGCCCUGGAUGCCGUAACUUUGCUUGUUACGAUUGUUUCCACAGUCACUCCAACAUUUGCAUGUCCUACUCUUAGUGGUACCCUGGCUGUCAUACCAAUGUAACAUGAUGUUGUCUUUUAUCAGUUACUGUUUUUCUUGGCUAUAUCCGAAAAGCAUGGAAGUCAGGAUACUCAGAGCACCUACAUAUAGCCUGGAUUUUCAAAUCAUGUUGAAAGCAUCUGUUGGGCCAAAAGACACUUGCGGCAUCCUCAAAAAAGAAGAAGUUACAUAUCUGUGUGACCACGACUGAUACGUGUAAACAUACUUGAGGUCGUGUUCAAAUUUUAGUACCAUCACGCCUGUGCAUGUGGUUA